GCCGACCUCAAAGGGGAAGCCGAGUUUCAGACUGUGAAGGACGUGGUCUUGGACUGCCUCUUGGAUUUCUUACCCGAGGGGGUGAACAAGGAGAAGAUCACGCCGCUCACCCUCAAGGAAGCUUAUGUGCAGAAAAUGGUAAAAGUAUGCAAUGAUUCAGACCGAUGGAGUCUCAUCUCCCUGUCCAACAACAGUGGCAAAAAUGUGGAGCUGAAAUUUGUGGACUCUCUGAGGCGGCAGUUUGAAUUCAGUGUCGAUUCCUUUCAAAUCAAGCUGGACUCCCUGCUGCUUUUUUAUGAGUGCUCAGAGAAUCCGAUGACCGAAACUUUUCACCCGACUAUCAUUGGUGAGAGCGUCUAUGGGGAUUUCCAGGAAGCCUUUGAUCACCUCUGCAACAAGAUAAUCGCCACCAGAAACCCAGAAGAGAUCAGAGGAGGUGGUCUCCUGAAGUACUGCAACCUUUUGGUAAGGGGCUUUAGGGCUGCCUCCGAAUCCGAGAUUAAGUCCCUGCAGAGAUACAUGUGCUCGAGGUUUUUCAUUGACUUCUCAGACAUUGGAGAACAGCAGAGAAAGCUGGAGUCCUACUUGCAGAACCACUUUGUGGGAUUAGAGGACCGCAAGUAUGACUAUCUCAUGACCCUUCACGGUGUGGUGAAUGAGAGCACGGUGUGCCUGAUGGGGCAUGAGAGGAGACAGACUCUGAAUCUGAUCACCAUGCUGGCCAUCCGGGUCCUGGCCGAGCAAAAUAUCAUCCCCAAUGUGGCCAAUGUCACCUGCUAUUACCAGCCAGCCCCAUACGUAGCAGAUGCCAACUUCAGCAAUUACUACAUUGCCCAGGUUCAGACGGUGUUCCCUUGCCAGCAGCACACGUACUCGACUUGGCUGCCCUGUAAUUAAGGACCGAAAUUAGUAGAGCCGGUGGGGAGAGCGUUUUCUAAGACGUAGAAAGGGGCGGCGCGCCCCUGUGAAAUGGGGUGUUUUGUGCAAUGAUGAUCUGCUCUAGUUUUCAAGCUUGGGAAAAGCUUGUGGUUCUUGUAGUAAAUAACUGGGAGCACGAUCGAGAAAGAACCCCAAAGUAAUUGGAUCCUAGCCCAGAGCACAAGAGGCCUGUCAUUAAAAGCAACCAGCUUCCCCUGAAAUGAGUGAGGGAGGAAUGCUUGAUGACAAUAUGGGUUGGCAAUACCUGCUCCCAUAGCUUUGGCAUACAGAAGGUGGGAAAGCCUUAUUUUCUUUUAUUUUUAUUCUUACUCUAGAAUGGGAUCUGCAAAAGGGAGAAUAUGAAAGAAACAAAACAAA